AAAGAAUAGUUCGUUGGAGAGUGUAACAAGUGGGCGGGCGCUUUGCUUUAAUAUUGGUGUAUAAAGUAGGUAAAUAGUAUUAUUGGUAAAUUGUUGCACCAAAGAAGUGACGGAUUAAUCAAUGAAGAGGACUGCUGGACAUUUGAGCGGAUUUACCGGGAACAGAUCUUUGUUCUAAGUAAUGUUGGUUUGCCUUGUUAACUUGUAAAAGAACACAGAAGAGGCUAUGCUUCUUAAAGCGGAACGCAUGCAUUAAACGUCCAAAAGUUCGAGUGUCCAGUGUCAUGAAACUUAAUCCACAGCAAGCUCCAUUAUAUGGCGAGUGUCUCCUUACAGUGCAGCUGUGCGAUGAAGACCGCUUUGAGGAUGAGGAGGAUGUAGAGUUCUACCUGCUGUUCUCCGGCACCACACAGAGGCACCUCACCAGCACCCUGAGGAUCAGCCAUGUCACCCUGCAAGCCAUCUGCCCUGCCCACGACUGCUGCGAGUCGGUGCGGGUCACCCUGUGCCUGGCCAAGCCGGGACGGCCCGUGGACGCGGUGGCGGAGGAGGGGCUCCAGUUCGUGCAGGACCUGGCCUUCGACAUGGCCCAGUUCCUGGUGAGCACAGCCGGGCAGGACGACGGCCUGGAGGGCGCCAUGCUGCUGGACGAGUGUCAGAUCCCCGUGCGGGAGUGCGAGCGCCUGGACGAGAGCCUGGCGCUGGCGCUGCGCCACCUCACCCUGCCCCAGGGCUGGAGCGUGCUGGGCACCAACCUGGGCAAGGACACAGCUCCCGCUCCCCAGGAGACGCUCCUGCACUUCGCGGCCCGGCGCGGGCUCCGGCGAGUGGCCGUCUUCCUGCUGCAGCAGCCGGGGGGCCGGGAGGCCCUGAGGGUCCCCGACAAGCAGGGCGCCAUCCCCGCCAGCGUCGCCAAGAGGAAGGGACACCGCCAUCUCCAGCAGCUCCUCACGCCGGAGGAGAUCGCCCCGUGGACGACGACAGUACCGUCCCCGAAGGCCUCGGAAGGGCGUGUGGUCCGGCACCAUCCCAAGCUCAACACCUACACCCUGUCGGUGGCCACGACCCCGGGCAGCCCGCCACCCAGCCUGCAGGAGGACGUGGAGGAGCUGCGGCAGCUGAUUCGCCGCCACUCUGAAAAGAAGGGAGCUCCCUCGACGCAGCCACAGACUGAACUCCAGGAGACGGGCCAGGAAUGUGGCGACAGCCUCGGAACUGUGACAGAACGAGCCGGUUUGGACCGGCUACAGCAGGACUGCCUUCACAUCGCAGAGCAGAGGCCUGAGGAAGAGGAGGCCCGGCACGUCGACCGGCCGAGCCAGACCGGCCCGGUUACCUCGGAGCCCCCCUCUGAGCCCCCCUCGGAGCCCCCCUCGGGCGAUGGCAGCGUCGGGGAGAGCGCGCCCCCCUGUCAGAACAGUGACGGAGAUCUCCAAAUCAGAGAGGAAGGGGGGGCGGAGCCCAGCUGCUGUCUCGCUCCUGUAGAGGAUUGUGGGAAAGCGUCAGAUAAAGGUGACGCGGCGCAGGGCGGGGGGAGCCCUGAUUUGAGCGCGCCGUCCUGCGAGGAGCGGCAGCAGGAAACCGAUACAGCCAAGGCCCUAAUCAGCGGCGCGCAGGGGGCCCGCAGAGACAGCCAGGAAGGGGAGCGAGGCGAGGAGCGGGCGAGCGAGACCGCCGCGCAGACCGCCGGCAUGGGACACGCGCAGUCGCAGGAGCGCCCCGAGGAGGAGGAGGGGCGGGGGCGCGCUCAGGAAGCGGAACAGCACGGAGAGAAAGCGCCGGAAGCCCCGAGCGAAGGGGAAAGGGAGAGAGGGUCGGAGAGCGAGCGGGCACUUUCCGGAACGGUCCUCGCGCAGAGCGGACGGGAGGACGGUAGGGAGAUGCAGGACGUCGAGGCUGGCCCUGAGCGUCCGUGCGACGCGGACCCCCGGCCGAUUCCCCGCGAGACGGAACCUAAAAUGGACUCGGAAACGAAACGGGAUUGUUCUAGAGAAAACGAGGGGGACGGCAGCGAGGAGAACAGCACUGAGGCUCCUCAGGGUGGGCAGGUUGGCUGCGGGGAGCCUCAUUCCGGCGCUGUAGCAGAAACAGGAAAUGUGAGCGAUCGAGUCGACAGCAGUGCCGAGUCUGCCCUUACCGUGGGGGCGGAGCCUUCGCAGUCAGAAAGCGCAGAGGAAUGCCUCGCCCUGGCGCAGCAGGAGGGCAGCUCCGUGGACGUGGAUUCUCCCGAGCCCGAUACGGCGCCCCCUGCUGAUGACCGGACCGCCUGCACCCCACAGGAUUCAGUGGAGCCCAAGGAGGAGAAGCCCACACCCAGCGUGGAGGAGAGCGCUGUGGACACAUGUCAACAGGAGAGCCAGAGCUCUGCUGUCCAUUUGGAAUACACAGAACCAUCCGCCACUAAGAAUGACAUCACUUCCUCCUCCUGUCCCCAAGAGGCUGGUUCCUUAGAAGAAGGGGCCGGAAGAGGUGAUGUAAGUUCGGAGGAACUCGCUCCCUCUAGUGAGGAGGACCCCCUCCUGUCCAUCAGCAGCUCCAUGGCUGAGCCCUUCCCCCUGCCUGAGGUAUCCACGGUAACACCACCCACCCAGGAAGUUAAUUCUCUGGAAGAGGAGAAAAUAGCCGUGCCCUCACAAAUGGAUGAAUCCAUCACUCAUUCGGACUCUGCUUCCCACUCGGAAGGAACCAGCCAGGCCCAGCAGGAGGAAGAGGGUGGAGCUGCCGGGAUACCCUCCAGUACCGAGCCCAACCUGCCAUCAUCAGCCAAUGAGGACGUGACAGGGGUGUUACAGCAGGAGUCUUCUCCAGGGCUACCCCAGGAGGAGCCCAAGAGUGAUGGAUUUGCAAGGGCCCUCGAGGGCCAGGGUGAACUGACUCAGGAGGGCGAGGAGCCUGAACUCAAACAGGAAACUCAGGACACUGCCCUGGAAUCAAACGGCUCUGACACAGAGCCAGCCACACCCUCCUGCCCUCAGGAAGCUGUGAUUCACAUCGAAGAACCACCCCUUCCAGAAACACACAUAGAGGAGAAGGAGGAGGAGGAGGAGGAGAAUGACCGGGCACUUGAGGAGAAAGGUGAUGGUCGGUCCACACCAGAACCCAGUCCUGAGAUUCCAGAGUCUGGGGUGACCGCUGAGACUGCCUCUGUAAACGGGGGAGAUUUGGGACCAGAGAGUCUCCCGGAAGCACCGGAACAAUCCACAGAGGACACCCCGGAGCAGGCGGCAGUCACGCCGAGCCUGGAGGCUGUGGUCGAGGAGAGGACGGAGAACACGGACGGCGAACUAGCCGCGGGUGAGGUCAUCGAUUCCUCCACCGGCCGUGACGACAGCACGGAGGAUGACGUCACCGUCCUGGUGAGCGGUCUGGAGACGACACAGGGGGAGCCUGACCUGCGGAGCCCGACUGCACCUGUAAACUGUGACCCUGUGACCCCUGACCUGGCUGGGGUCAUCUCCCCCAAGGAUCUCACCCGCAACCUGACCCCGGCCCUGGAAAGAGUGGAGGAAGAGUCUGAGGAAUCGGGGGAGUGUAGGAGUCCGAGUGAAGACGUGUGUCACGCCACUGUUAUGAGAGAGGAGACCGAGGCCCUUCCAGCCGGAGACGACGUUGAUGGUCGGAGAGAAUCGGCUUCCGGAGAGGGGACGGGCCCAGGGGACAAGAUUAACAGAGAGAAGGACCCGUUCUACUCCAUCGAUCCCUGUGGAGAUCCCAGUCUUCUGGAGAAGAAGCCCAUCCCAGAGUGCCCUGAAUCCCCUCUGUCUCCGACACCUGGUAGAUCCGUAUCCACCACCCAGAGGGACUCUGGGAGUGAUGCCGAUGGCUUCUUCAGCCCAGACACGGGCGAGGACAGCGUGUUCAGGAAGGCUGAGGAGCCGGUGACGGGGGACAGCACCAGCGAGGUGUCUGUGUCCUGUUCCUCCACAGACGACGCGGCCAGCUUGGGCCCGCCCAGCUCCACCCCCGACAGCUACGCGGAGGCCGGCAGGAGGUGGAGCUCAGAGGAGGCGCGGCAGCCGGGCGCCGCCGGCGAGGCCGAGGAGGAGAAGGACCGGCUGACGGAGGUGCCGGUGCGUGCGGGCAUCCUCCGCUCCUCCGGACGAUCCCUCUCUCCGUUCCGCCGACACAGCUGGGGCCCGGGCAAGAACCCCGGAGGAGAAGGGGAGAUGAACCAACGCAGUUCAUUGCGAAGUCUGGGGGAAGGGAAGCCCACCUGUCAUAGGAGAAGUAUGAGCUGGUGUCCCUCGGAAGUCCCCCCCAGUCCUGACCCGGAUGAGAUUAGUAGCAGAAGUUACAGUCUGGAGGGCCUGGCGGCAGACAGGCAGGGCGGGAAGGAGUCCCCCCCUCAGGGGGCGUCACCGCGGGACCCCCGGCGGAUACCGCGCCAGGAGAGCGAGGAGAGAGGCUCCCUGGUGUCCCUGACUGAGGAGGAGCAGGAGUCCGACCUGGGGGAGUGCAGCAGUCUGGACAGCCAGAUAUCAGGAGGAUUUCGCCUUGCCAGGCACAGCUGCAAGUCCAUGACCCUGCCCCUGCCCCUGACCCUGACCAAAUCAGUGUCCAUGGUGACCAUCAGCCAGAAGGAGCCGGACGCGAUGGGCCGGCCUCGACCAAAGAGACGAAUCUCCUUCUCCUUCAGCAUCUCUCCGAUCCUCCCCAAAUCUAAAACUGUCUUUUCUAUUGGCUCUUCAUCCAGUGAUGAGGAGGAGUCUUGCAGUAUGAGAUCAUUCUCCAGUCCCUCUUGUUCUUUGGGAUACAGCAUCUCUGAAGAGGACCCUGGCCCCUUAAGAAGUGACACUGAAGGGAAGGGAGUGACGAAGGUGAGCCGGACCUUCAGCUACCUCAAGAGCAAGAUGUACAAAAAGACCAAGGAAAAAGACAAAGACAGGAGCAAGGAUAAAGAGAAAGAGGCCAAGGAGAGAGAGAAACGGACCUUGAAUGGACAUCUUUUCAGCCCUGUACUCGCCACCCUCCCGGUUCAUUGCCAUCAGUGCAACAAAGCUAUCAACACUAAGGAUGCCUCCUACUGCACGAUCUGCAACGCACAUGUUCAUAAGGGCUGUAGAGAAAUCCUACCUGCUUGUGCCAAGGUCAAAAUGAAGCAGCAGAAACAGCAGACUGUAGUAACAGACUCUGCCGCAAUGCCUGCUGUCACUUUGAGAAGCAAAAACACGCCAUCACGAGAGCGGCCUUGGUCCGUCAUCUCGGCCCCCGACGAACCCGCCUUGGGGAUGGGGCCUCGCAGGCACACCAGCAUAAUGCCCUUCAACAGCAGCAAUCUGUCCAAGAGCAUGUCAAUCAGCAACAUCGCAGGCCCGGUGUUCGACGAGAUGCCGCUGAAGGGCCUGAGGUACCUCUCCCAGUCCACCGAUUCGCUGCACAAGACCAGCAAGGUCAACGAGUCCACCGAGUCCCUGACCGACGAAGGGACAGAAAUGAUGGACAGUCAGCUGAUGGGCGAGUUUGAAGCCGACUCCAAGGAUCUGGAGGCGGACUCCUGGAGCUUCGGCCAGGACAAGAAGUUCCUUAAGCAACUCAAAAAGGACAUCAUCAAGAGACAGGAUGUCAUCUAUGAGCUGAUCCAGACGGAGAUGCACCACGUGCGCACGCUGAAGAUCAUGUCGGACGUCUACAGCAAGGGGCUCCUGAAGGAGGUGCAGCUGGAGGCGCAGACGGCGGACCGGGUGUUCCCCGUCCUGGACGACCUCCUGGACCUCCACACCGGCUUCUUCAGCCACAUGCUGGAGAGGAAGAGGGAGGCCCAGCAGGAGGUGAAGGACAGGGGCUACGUCAUCCACAAGAUCGGGGACGUCCUCCUCACGCAGUUCUCCGGCUCCAACGCAGAGCGCAUGAAGAAGGUCUACGGCAAGUUCUGCAGCCGCCAUAACGAGGCGGUCAACUUCUACAAGGAGCUGCACACCAAAGACAAGCGCUUCCAGGCUUUCAUUAAGAGGAAGAUGAGCAGCACUAUCGUUCGAAGGCUAGGCAUCCCGGAGUGUAUAUUACUGGUGACGCAGCGGAUAACCAAGUACCCCGUGCUCCUGCAGAGAAUCCUGCAGCACACCAAAGAGAACGAGGAGGACCACCGGGGCGUGACGGAGGCGCUGCGGCUGGUGAAGGAGGUGAUUGCGGCGGUGGACAGCAAGGUGAACGAGCACGAGAAGAAGCGGCGUCUGAAGGAGGUGUACAGCCGCACGGACAGCAAGUCCAUCAUGCGCAUGAAGAGCGGCCAGAUGUUCGCCCGCGAGGACCUGAUGCGCGGCCGCAAGCUGCUCCACGACGGCCCGCUGCUGCUCAAGAACUCCACGGGCCGGCUGAAGGAGGUCCAGGCUCUACUCCUCUCCGACAUCUUUGUGUUUCUUCAGGAAAAAGACCAGAAAUACGUGUUUGCUUCACUGGACCAGCGGUCCACGGUCAUCUCCCUGCAGAAGCUGAUCGUGCGGGAGGUGGCCAACGAGGAGAAGGGCCUGUUCCUCAUCACGGCCAGCGACGAGAAGCCCGAGAUGGUGGAAGUGCACGCCAGCUCCAAGGAGGAGCGCAACACGUGGAUGCAGCGCAUACAGGACACCAUGCAGUCCAUAGAGAAGGACGAUGACGAGGGGAUUCCCAGCGAGACGGAGGAAGAUAAGAGGCUAGUGGAGACUAAAGCAAAGGAGAUGAGAGAACUGCUGCGGAAGAAGGACGAGCAGAUCGUGGCCCUCCUGGAGGAGAAGGUGAAGCUGUUUCGGGACAUGUGCGACUGCGGGACGGGCGAGGACGCCAGCCCCGUGUCCCGCACGCUGUUCAGGGCCACCGCCGACAACAUGCCCAAGGGGGAGCCCGUCAUGAAGGACGCCCUGAAGGAGGUGGAGACGCUGCAGAGCCUGGUGAACGGCAGUUUGGGCGGGGCCAUGGGGCAGCUGGAGUCGGCCAGCGGCGGCGGGGUGGGGCCGGUGUGCCUCCCUCGCAGGGCCGAGACCUUCGGCGGCUUCGACAGCCACCAGAUGAGCAUCUCCAAGAACGGGGAGAAAGACGAGGGGGAGGAUUCGCCCGACCUCCGGAGGACUGAGUCGGACAGCGUGCUGAAGAAGGGCGGGAACGCCAAUCUGCUGAUGCUGCUCAAGAGGAACAGCGAGCAAGUCCUGCACAGUGUGACCCACCUCCACGACCUGCUGAACACGCUGCAGGCGGUGGUGGUGCAGCAGGACUCCUUCAUCGAGGACCAGCGGCAGGCGCUGAGCGAGCGGCCGGCCUCGCGGCCCUCCUCGCGGCCCAGCUCCCUCAUCGAGCAGGAGAAGCAGCGCAGCCUGGAGAAGCAGCGGCAGGAGGCGGCCAACCUGCAGCGGCAGCAGGCCGCCCACGCCGACGAGCGCCGGCGGCGGGAGCGGGAGUGGGACGCCCGCGAGCAGGCCCUGGGCGACCGGGAGACGCUGCUCGCCGCGCAGGAGGAGGAGGCGCGCAGGAGGCGCGGGGAGCUGGACGACGAGCGCCAGGAGCUGCAGGCCCGGAAGGAGGAGUACCAGCGGGACCUGGAGCGGCUGAGGGACGCGCAGCGGAAGCUGGAGCGGGACAGGGAGCAGGUCCGCCGCGAGGUGGAGAGGCUAGAGCUGGCUGAGGAGAAACAGAUGCACAGGACGCCGUCCACCACGUCAGAGGACUCUUUGCUCUUUCUGAGCAGUAGCUCACUGGACAGAGACGUGGGGGAGUGUGAACUGUCCUCCUCCCUCAGGAAAGACUCGCUGAGCAAGCUGGACUCGAAGCGCAAAGGGAAGAACUUUAUGCCCUUUGGCUCCAACGCAAGCCAGAAGGCCUCGAGCAGCGAGGGCCAGAACCAGCUCCCCAACCGGCUGAUGCAGCUGGCCAAGACCAAGGACAAGAAGGAGAAGAAGAAGAAGAAGGGUAAAGGACAGCAGCCACAGCCCCCAGAGUCGCCUCACCUUCCUGAUCAGCCUGCGGGUGGGGAGAUAUACUUCUGCUGACCUGCUUCGGUCCUCCGCUAUCCCACAAUUCUCCGCUGUCAAAACAAAUGCACCAGCUGAAUGUAAGGUCGAGCGCGUGUCGCUGUGUGGGCCCCACGCGCGUGUGGGCAGGCUCGGGUGGGAGUGACGCCCCUGUCACCCGACCUUCCGUGGCCUCCGGGAGCCGUCGUCACCUGUGGACUCCUCCGUCAUGGAACGCCUGCGUGCUACUCUCCCAUAAGCUUCCUCUGAAGAGAUUUAAACCAACAAAGAUGUCUGACAUUUCUGUUCUGUAUACGCAUCAACGUGCAAAGGCGAACGCUUCUCUGCACGUGGCACGAAGUUAGGGUAAAGAAAGAGUACGUUGCGCUGAUCAAAGGAUUCUGCAGUUACACAGUUCAUGAAGUAAAACAAAACAAUGUUUUGUGUAAGGGAGGGUUUGCAAACCCAGUCUGAGCUCAUAACUAUACCAGUCAGGACUGUGAAGUCGAAGAGCUGGAUAGACUAAUGGCUGCAAAUGUUUCGUUUCACAGCAUAUUGUUUCACAAAUGAAGAUGCUAACUGUAAACACGCUAUUCAAAGAAGUGUACACCCUUCCUAUAAUGCAGUUGUUAGAGUGAACAACCCUUCUGAAAGGGCUAUUUCCUGCCUGUGGUUUUUGUGUAACUGUGUGUCUUCAUAUUUUGUAAAACGUGUUUUUCUUACUUUCUUAAGAGGAGUUUAAAUAUUUCUGAUUUAUUUUUCCAUCAGUUGGUUAAAAAGGACUUUUUCUGGGUUCCUCCAAGGGUUAAAGGUCAUUGCUCUUUACACUUCUGCUACUGUACGCAGUACAGUGAGAGAGUCACACACAUGCAAGUUAACAGGAGGCACGUCUCCAUUACACACACCCAGAUAGAUCUGCAGGGACACCGAGAGAUGGAGACAGAGGGAUAGAGAGUGAGAAAUAGAAGAGAGAUUAAGAGAAAGAGAGCGAGAGACAGAAAGAGGCAUGGGCUUGAUUCUUUUGCUGUGUGGUACAUCAAGCGACUUCACAGAUAAAAGUGAGCCAGGGCUCCAUUACAGACCUUCAGAGAGAUGCUGAGACACAGAUAGAGCCAUGCAGAAAGAUGCAGACGGAAAGACAAACAUGAGCAAUGACAGACAGACAGAGAGAGACAGACGGACAGAGAGAGGCGGGUAGGUGGAGCUAAACUGUCCCUUUUCUACACAUGGGGCCAAUUUGGUCUCAAAUGGAGGGCAGUGAUGUACACUGAAUGGGAACCCAGAGGUUUAGGUGUCUGCACAGGCAGUGGGAACGCAGUUUUUUAAGCCAGAGAUUCAGACGCCUGCACAGGCGGUGGGAAUGCAAUGUUUAAAGCCUCAGUUGUGAGUCCUGUACAGAGAGUUCCUAACCCUUCCACCUUAUGUUUUUAAAUAUGUGUCUGAAGUUAAUUACUUCCUCGUAGCACAAUUAACAGUUGAAUGUUAUAUCCAUCUGUUGAAAAAGAUGGAAGUUUGAAAGCAGAGACACCAUUUAGGAUGCAUACAUGUUUCCCCCCUUCUACAUCAAUUAGUGUAUGAAAGCCUUUCCACUGCAAUCAUCUCACAACAAAUUUAACAUGGUUUGAGGCUGCAGAGCACUUUAAAAGGACACUCUGUUACAAAUGAUGGUAAUUCUUGCUUUAAUAUAGACAAUCAGGUAAUUAGAUUGGAGUGUAAUAAUUAUCUUUCUUUUAAAGGGGGACUGUUAUGACUUAAAAUGGAGUAGCAGUUAUUUUGUAUCAUGUGAAUCUUUUUUCAAAAAUAUAUUUGAUCCAGACACUCACAUUUCAAUUUGGAUUGUUUUAGUUUGCCUGGUACUUUGAUUGUUACAAUUAUUUUUGCUAUUGCAUUAUUUGCAAUACUGGAACCUACCACAUGGGGGCAAUACAUCUCUUUAAAAAUAAGGGAAUAACAAUUUGAUGUCUGUUUUAUUCCAAUUGAAACGUGUGAUCUACUCAAAUUAUUUAUAAAAAUUGCAGAUGUGUCUUCGGUGAGGUUUUUAUUUCAAAUUUGUCUUUUUUAUGACCCAGUUCUCAAACUUAUCAUGUCAUCCAGCAACCCAGCUGUUUAACCAAAUCACUCUACUGUCCUCAUUCAUCAUGGUUUCUUCUGAACUAAUGGUAACUGUUCAUCAAAGCAAAACUAACUUUAAUGCACUUCUUACAGUCUGUGCUGUUUCUUUUUUUCUGAAAUCAUAAAGUUCAUUUUAUGUCCCUGGAUUUCACUGAUUCACCUUAUUUUCUCCCGCUUGGAAUACGGGAGAUUUUUACUGUAUAAUUUACUGUGGCUGUAAAAAAGCCCAUUUGCCCAGUAUUUGAGCUGCUGAGGCAUUUGUUCUGUUAAAAGAAUGGAAUUAAAGUGCAGCAUGUCACCCCCUCCUCUACUGUGUGUUUUCAGCCUGAAAUGUGGUGCUGACUCCACUCUGAGUCCUUUGCCUUGGUUAAUGUUCAGUCAUUCUGCCUUGCUUUAACCCCCAGAGGGUGAUGCUCGCCCCUCAGAUUCCCUCUCCCACAGUGGCGUAACAAUCGAAGGGAAUCUCCACAUUCUCUCUGCGGGGAAUACAUUUCUCUGUUAUGCGUAUUCAGAGAUCACCACAUGUACUAAGAAAGAGAACACGGUCUUCCUACGUUUGUAACUGAGCAAAGAGAAGCAUAUAGUAAAGAUUGUCAUGACUGGUAUGAUAUGACUGGAUCUUAAAAGAAGAUAAAAUAUUUAUGUUUUGCCUUAAUAACCUGUUCUCCUUUGAAAUCCCCGGGCCUGCCACGCACCUGCCCAAUAGCGUCGAACCUUAGUCUUAAAGGCCAAUCUGUUAAACAUGCCCGGAAAAGAAUCUUUUUCAAGUGUAUGUUUAGGAUUUAUUUGUCAGACAGUUGUAUUCUUAAAAAUACAAGGAAGAAAAAAAGCAAAUGGACCUUACGUAGCCUUAUUCUAAUGAUGAAAUGCACUAGACCGUUAGCCAGCUUGUCUCAGGAUCACUCAAUAGGUUUUUUACCUCUGCUUUCAAAGUAAAGAAUUUGUUUGUACUAAGGGUACAGUUUUAUUGUCUUGCUGAUUUCUGUAUAAAAAAGGGCAAAACAACUAUUAUGUAAAUAUCAUUCAUGUAAAAAAAAUUUGAAAUGUAAAAGUAUUAAUUUUUUUUUUUGUGAUUCAUUUCAGCUUUUUAUAUAAUGAGGCUUUAUUUAUCUGUGUUCUCUGCAUUGUGGAGGUAUAAAAUGUAAAGUCGUUUUUUCCCCUCAUAAUAAAUAACUAUUAUUGAAAGUCA